AUGUCGGCGUCCUCAGGUCCCGCGGGUCCCGCUGACCAGGUAUGCGAUCUUUGCGGAAUGACAUUCACUCCACGAGCUCUGCGUGAGCACCUAGAGACAGGUCACUUGGGUCUUAAAUGUUACUUCCCAGGAUCAGACACAGUUCUCUUCGUAGAAGAUGAUCUUGUAAUGGUCGAAGAGUUGCUUCGCUGCAACGAAGAUAGAGGUGGUGGAUUCAGGGAUGGUGAAUUUUGGUGUCACUGGCCAAACUGCAAUGCAUUCAACCAGCCUCAUGGGUACAAGUACCCGUACAACUUAAAGCGUCAUCUUCGCGUGAAGCAGAAAAGUAUUUAUCUGUACAGCCUCAGUAUUCAGCCUGCAGGUCCUGCUGUAGUCCCCAACCCCCAGCCCGCCCCGCCCGAUUAUCAUGUGCCUGAUCAAGCCACAAUCGACGAAGCGAUCCUUCAGGCACGCCUAGCAUUGGCACGACGAGAGGCCAAGUACGAGAGCUUUCGAACCAUUGUCAUCGCUCACAACGCCGUCGAACCCCUGGCCCCGGAUCAACGUACGCAGCUCCGCGCAGGCAUGAAGGAAGUGGACGAUGCCUUCGACGAAACCUUCAAUGCGAUCUACGACAUUGUUGGCGAGGGCCCCGACGGCAGCCUCAUAGAGCUUUGGACCACCUAUGCAGAUGUGACUCGAGAUAUAGAGAUGUUUUUGAAGUUUUGGCUCAACCACUUCCUCAUGCUCAAGGAUCAACUGGUGGAGUGGGGUAACUUCAUUCGUCUACACGGCGAGUUCCACGAGGUUGUUAACAAGAUCCUUGACGCGGUCGGGGAACUGCCUUCAUGGCACCGGCCUGUCAAGGCCGAGGAGGCUGAUAUUAAGGCCGAGGAGACGGCCGAGGAGACUCAGAUUAAGUCUGAGGUGAAGACCGAACAGCCUGAUACUGAGUAA